AUGGUCCCGUUCAGCCGAUUGUGGCCCACGUCAAGUUUCGAUAAUUUGCGGCAGUUGGACAAUUCUGACGAGGUGAUGUUAGUGAGAUUAGCUAAGCUUGAAGGUAUUGCUCCACUAAGGGUAUUAUUGCUAAGAUCCAUAAACAAUAGGUCCGAAUUCGGUACAAACUCCGGAAGCACACCUCUCACGAGGUAUUACUCCGGAAAAUCGAUUGUCGAACAAGGAAAUAUUUCUCAGCUGCUUCAGCUCGGUUAUUUCCUUAGGUAUCUGGCCUACGAGAUUGUUAUUGUAAACGAUGAUAUCUUGAAGGCUUUGGAUUUUCCAAAUACCAAUGGGAAUUUCUCCACUUAA